UAAUAAACACAAAUCUAGUACGAGUAUAAAGAAAAAAUGGUUUUGCAUAAUACGACAUUGACAAUGGGUUUUAGUUGUCAGCAAAUUCCCAAACCAUCCGUAGUCAUUUAAAGUAAGAGUACAAGAAUGCUCAUUAUUAUUAAUUAAUUUAUUGUGAAAGUAAAGUUGAAUAAAAAAAGAACAAAACUAUAAACAAAUUCGAAAAUUGCAGUGAUUUUAAGUGAAGUGUUCUAAAGAGAAUAAACAAUAUGGGAAAUGUACAAACCAGACAUUUGGAUGCCAAGGGCAUGGCCCAUCGACGCGGUAGUAUUUACUGGAAUUUUCGCUAUUCCACAAUGCGUCGCAAAGAUGCCAAUACCAUGAUGGUGUUCAAUUCUAAAAUUUCAAUUAAAGAGUGGCUGGAAUUUUUGGACUUGCAACAAUAUGAAACCAAUUUCAGUAUGUACAAUUGUGUUGCAGACAUCUUGGAUCUAGAGGAUGCCGACUUAAGACUGAAGGGUGUGCGUAAUCCAGAACAUCGUUCGAAAAUGCUCUCUAGUUUGGUGAGAGUUCAAGCUAAACGUCGUAUUUCCAUGAACAUUGAUGAUGUAUCUAGCCAAAUAUCACCACCACUACAGAGACGCAAAAACUCAUGCCCACCCAUGUAUCUGGCGGAAUACUCAAAUCUAUUUGAUUCAACACAAUCACUUAAACGUAAUUCUUAUCAGCGCGGUACUAUAACACCAAAUACUAAAAGUCCAGUGGAUAAAAAACGUUUCACAUUCGAUGAGACAGACACCAUCUAUGAGGAACUAAAAACUCGUGACAAUAACAUCGAUAAUCCAACCAACGAUUCUGCUACCCAAAUCUUAGACGUCACUAUGGAUAACGAUUCUUUAAACUCGGGUUCCUUUAACCAGCCCACAUCGUUUAUGGGUGCCAUUUUACCGCCAACAAAUGAACAGCAAGAAGCUUUGGCCCUUAAGAAAGCCUUAGAAUGGGAACUUAGUUUGGAUUCACGUGAUUUACGUUCACAUGCCUGGUACCAUGGUCCUCUGCCUAGACAGCGUGCCGAGGAGAUUGUUCAGCGAGAUGGAGAUUUCCUAAUCAGAGACUGUACAUCACAGCCGGAUAAUUAUGUGUUGACUUGCCGCACUAAGGUGGCGGUGUUGCAUUUUGUUAUGAAUAAGAUUUUGGUACAACCAGAUACCGUGUACGAACGUAUACAAUAUCAAUUUGAGGAGGAUGCAUUUGAUGCCAUUCCCGAUCUUAUAACUUUUUAUGUGGGUUGUGGAAAACCCAUAUCCUUGGCAUCUGGAGCUCGCAUACAAUAUCCUUGCAAUCGUACUUAUCCACUCUCCUUUUAUGGCCACAAGAUUGUAGGAAAUCAAUUGCAUAGCCAAAUGUUGGCAGGUUUAAGAGGACCAAGUCCUCUUAAUUCACCCUUGGCAGCUAAUGCCGGUUUUCGUUUUGGUGGCAUGACCACUUCCGGCUUCAAUCAACAACAACCAUCACAUGGCAUGUUACACCAUCAGCAGUCUUUGCCCACGGCUAUAGGUCAACCAAUGAUGCAGCAACAAAGUCCCAUGUCAUCACCACCACGGGGUAAACUUAAUACAGCUCCUAGAUUACCCUGUAAGAAACAGCGUUCCCAAAGUCUAACUCCAGCCCAGGCAAUUGUGGUGUCUAACAUUAAAAAUGCCGAGGCUGGCAACAGUGCUGAUGGUGUAAUACAAGGAGGCUGUUGCGGUGGUUCAGCCAUGGAUAAUGUAGGAAAUUGUGGUUCUAUGAAUCAACUAAAUCAAGCCAAUGGUCAUGGUUAUCGUCCCGAGGCCAGACGUUUUAGUCAGUUUGAAAAGAGCAACAUUGUUUGCGGUUCUCCCAAUGAAACCCAGCUGCACUCUCAUUUAGAAAACCUAAAUAUGCAUGGUAAAAUACCAACCAACGGCUUCCAGACUAUAGCUCGUUGUACGGCCAACGAAUUGGUGGAAAAUCAUAUGAAAUUCACCACUCAUUCACUGCCACGACCAGCUACUAAUGCUUUUCGCAAUAACCUUAAUCGUACUUCAAGUUUAGCUAGAGAUUUUAAUAAUGAUUCUUCGGCUAGUAUGUUUUCAAGUUUGGAAAUAAGUAAAAUUCCGGAAUUGCCCGAAAAACCUCCCAGUCCACCACCAAAACCAAAUCGUAAUGGGGGUCAAGCUCCCUGUCUACCACGUCCCAAUAAGGAAGUAUCGGGCUUGGACCAACAAUAUCCUUUACAGAGGCAGGCAAAUAUGGCUGGUAUUUAUCAAUUAAGUGGCUCGGAUUCGGGUAAUGGUUCGGGUGAUUCAAUGCCAGGCGAUAUGAACGAAUUCAUAAUGCAUCGUGGUGUGAUUAUAAAAAAUCCUCGCUUUAUGACUACUUCCGUUUCCUCUAUAACCUUGAAAAGUUUGAGCGAAUUUGAUGUAGAGGCAGCAGAGGAUCAGCUGUUUACUUUAGAGAUACCAGAUUUUAAACCGACCUCCAAAUUUGAUGUUGAGAAUUUCAGUACUCUACUGUUGCCCUCUUGCGAAAAUAAGCCUUUGGAUGGUGAUGCUUUGAAUACAUUCAAAAUCAUGUUAUUGGAAACUGGCCCCAAAAUGCUGGCCGAGCAUAUAACACGCAUAGACAUUGGUCUUCUAAUAGAAGAACCCAACUCAGAACCCGAAUCUGAAACUGACAAUGAAUGUAAUGUCUUGGAAUGUUCUGGUUUGGAAACGUUGACUUUGCCACAGGGUAAAAUAUUUCGCAAUGAUUUAAUUGAGCGCACGCAAUGCAUGAAAUUAAUGGUGGCCGUCACAAUACUCACUUGUCAAACUGACCUAGAUCGUGCCGAACUACUCAGCAAAUGGAUACAAGUGGCGGUGGAGACCAAGACUGCUUUGGGAAAUCUGUUUGGUUUUUCCACCAUAAUGUUGGGUUUGUGUAUGCCUCAAAUCCAAAAACUUAGUUCUGCUUGGCAUUUGCUACGUCAAAAAUAUACCGAUGAUGCUUUCAUGUUCGAAGCCAAACUCCGACCCACCUUAAUUAGCAUGAAUGAGUGCUCAAAUCCUCAAGCUCCCAAUACCACAGUACCACAUGUUUUGCUUUAUGCUCUGCUUAAGGAUCGUCCGGUUAUUGAUAUUUUGAAUUUCAAUAAUACAAGCGAGAAAUCUUCGCUUUACAACAUGUGCAUUACAUCGUGGGAGAGUAAGGCUGAUGAUUUUGGAAUGUAUAUCAACUAUGCCCAUUUGGAUUCAUCCCGUAAUUUCCUCAAUAAUUUGAAACUGUUUCGUAAAAAUUCAAAAAUUAUUUUGGAGGAAUCGAUAUCGAGAUUGGAUGAGCUGUUAAGUGAUGCAUUUAGAACCGAAUUCCACAUCAAAUUUCUGUGGGGUAGUAAGGGAGCUACAGCCACUGCUGAUGAUCGACACUCGAAAUUGGAAAAAGUCUUAGCAUUAAUGGCUGAUAAAUUUUGCAAUGCCGAUAAUGGAUCAACUACAACUGCCUAAAUUAGACAACUAAAUAAAUACUGCGACUAAUUUUGUAAAUAAGUUAAAUAUAAAUAAAAGGU